AUAGCUGCACCUACUGUCAUUCUCAUUUCAGAUUUGGGUAAAAGACAACAAAGAAAAAAUACCAAGAGUAUUCAAAUUACAUGUGCAUGUUGUGAAGGAGAUGAAUAAGUCAAGAGACCACCUUGUUGUCAACAAAGUUCCUCCCAAACAAAGUGAAUGAUACAGUGUAAGAUGUUGUUGGGGCGCAGAGUCAAAAAGGCACACCAGCCACUGUGCUCAGUCUCCCGGCUAAGUGAAUCUCUCCGCCCUCAGGCUGGCCACCAUCGAUCCGGGAAUGAUGGAGUUAUCGCUGAUGGCUGCACAGAAAUAUCCUCCAGUUAAAGACCUGAGUGACAUCUCCAACCCAAACCAACAUUUCCCAGCUGUGAGCGGUGCAUUCAUGGAUUCUCCCUACAAUGGCAACACGUCCUUGCAGACGUCCACUUCCAACCUCAACACCGGCUACUCCCGACCCUCAGAGACGGAAGAUGACGGCAAAGUAUCCAGUGACACAAUUUGGCUGUGGAUCGCUGUCCUGGCAACUAUCGGCAACAUAGUGGUGGUGGCUGUCGUUUGUGCCUGUGCCUUCUGACAAGAUGGGAUGGCGGAACGAGGAUUUCCAAGAACAAAGAAUCUUGUACAUCCUGAAUAUAAUGUAUAUUUUUGUAGAAUGAGAAACUAUAGCCUUACUUUUAAAAAUGUUCACAGUGAAAAAGGAAUACACAGUUAUGUUGUUGUUUUUGUGUAGAUAAACACCUGUUAGAAAACGGAUUCAUAAACAAAGCUCAGUUUGGGCUAUAGCAAAUGUCACAUAAGGGACUCUCGAACGAUAUUUUAAAGCAAACCCUUAGAUCAAUAACUGAUCUAUUUAAUAUAAUAUGAACACAUCAUCAAAAAAAUAAAAUAAUAAAAUAUAUAUAUAAAAUAUAAUCAGAGAUCUAUAGAUUUGAUUCAGGCUAAGUUGCAGCCUUAAUAGUAGUAUUAAUCCUACUCUUGGUUCACUGGGUUAUGCAAGUAAUGCUGAUGUUACAUAAACUCAUUCAAUCACGCUUGUACCAAAGCGAGAGGGCAUCAAAAACAAAAAAACAAAAAAUUCAAACACAGUAAGUUUUAAAUUUUACAUAUAUCUCGGAAAAAGCGAUUUCAAUUGAACCCGUUUUUCAAUUCUGAAGAAUCUUAAACAUGCAGUUGACACAAAGAACAAAGCAGAAGGACAAAUAAUUCAUUGUCAAUAGGUCGGUGGCUACUACAGGUCCUAAAAUGAAGGUGAAUGUAGAAGAUAAGUAAGUAACAAAAGAUAAACUAAGUGUGUGACAAAUGCUCAGUCCACACCUUUCCCAGACUGUCGUCCUAUUCAGAAUCAGCUUGGCUCCGUUUACGAGGGCCUCUAGUGGCCACAGCAAUUAACUGCUGCAUGUGGCGGGGUGACGGUGAAUAAUGUCUACCAGUCAACUAAUGUCAAACUUUAAUUAAAAUAAAUUUAAAAAAAAUCAAUGAUCAUUACUGUAAAAACCCUUACCCCUGCUACAAUACGGUUCAAGCUUAAACGAUAAACAAUUUCUUGCAUCAUAUAAUGUAAUGUAAAUGGGCUAUGCACAGUAUGCUUACACAUGCACGUGUAGUUAUCUCAAUUGUGAUCAGCCUGUGUAAACUCUGCUCUUAUCUUGUCACUUCUCUCCAGAGUAAUAAACUGUCACGUGCUUGUUGUUCUCGGAUCCCCCGCUUCCGAUAGCGUUUUAUUCUCCAUCUCUCCCUCAAUUCUUGUGCGCCAGAGGGAAGCCUACCCCGUGGAGCCCAUUAGAGUGGAUUUGAACUUGUCGUGCUGAUGUUAGUCUCAGAUGACUUUGGAGACAGAAUAGACCCAAGCUUGCUUCAAAGACAAAAACGAGCAGGCAGUAAAAGGAAAUGGUGCUGAGAUGCGUUUGCAAUGAUCCUCACAAGAGUGGCAAUGAAGAAAAAAAGAGGGAUGAUGAGUUAAACGCAUGCACAUGACUGACAGAAUGCGUCCUAAUAAGCACUUCAAAGUUGAUGCAUAAGAAGGCAGGUUAGAAGGUGAAAGCAAAUGAAGAGGAUGAUGGAUGAUAUAUGAUAUGAUAUGACAUGCCAGGGAACAGGAAUUUAGUGACGGAGUGAAGUGAAUUGAGGAAGCGCUUUUAAGCAGAAACAUUUUCUUCAAUGAUGGAUUUAACUUUUCCCGGUAUUUCUUAUUGAGUUGAUCAAAAAGGUUCGUUUGUAUUACACAACAGUUGUUGCUGCCCUCUGAGCAACCAGGCAGGUCCGCAGGCACUGGCCCUAAUCGAGAACCUAUUAAUAGUUCACCCCUCCUUUAGUUCUUAUAAGGCACAAUUGCACAAUGGGCCUCCGACAGUGGCUUUGUACCACUGUGAUUCGUUAAAUGUCAAGUGUCCAUUGUCCGUGACCAUUUUGGAGAAAAUGUAAGACUUUUAAGUGCGCCUUAAGGUCGUGAAAAUACGGUACACUAUAUAUGCAUUUUCAUACAUCCAUUUUCUCAACCGCUUAUCCUGGUCAGGGACGCAGCGGGCAGCUGGAGUCUAUCCCGGCCGACUUGGGGCGAGUGGUGGUCGACGCCCUGCACUGGUCGCCAGUCAAUCAGAGGGCGUAUAGAGAGACAGACAACUUUCCACACUUACAUUCACACGGUCACUGAGUGGGAACUGAACCCAUGCCGUUCUGCACGGAAGUUAGGCGAGUGAACCAUUACAUAGUCAGUGACUUCUUUUCCAUUGUCUCUUCAAAGUGUUCAUACUAAUGAAUUGAGGCUGAUGACAAAAGUCUUUAGUGACCUAAUUCAUUAUGGCCUUUUUGUUUGUAACACUGGUUUUGAUUUAAUUCACAUUCAAGUAUGCAGCAAAUGUAUAAUAUUGUGAAAAUCUAUCUACUUUUGUCAAAGUGUUGCAGCAAUUUGCACAUAUCAUUUCUACAUUAAUACAAAGAGAUUUCAUGCCAACAGAAAGUCACCAGAAAAGAGAACAUACAGAGUGGAUGCAAACUUGAGAAGCAUAACAGGUUUAAUGACUCAGCAAACUGACCUGACAGGGGAGCAGCGGGAACUUUUACGGUUCAACACUCAGAAGGAAUUUUGCCUCGUUCUACAGCAGUUUGUCAUUUAGGCCGUUAAAAAUGUAUCCAAAAAUGGAUCUCUCUUUUUAGGAAAAGCACACACCUUAAGGCAAUAUUUAUACAAAAAUGACAAGAUAACAUGCACAUCGUAAACAAAGGAAGAAUGGGGGGAGCAUGUUGUCAGGAUAUAGGCCUCACAGUCAAAUGUUCUGGGUUUCAAUCCCAGCUUGGACCUUUCUAUGUGGACUUUGCAAUUUCUCCCAAUCCUUGCAUGUUCGUUUUUUCCCCCCUAGGUAUGACAUUGCAAAAACAUGUCCCGGUAUGUUAGAUGAAUUGAAGGCACUAAAGUGCCCUUGGGUGUAAGUGUGAAUGUUUGUUUCAACUUAUGUCCUGCGAUUCACUACAGCUCAGUCCAGCUUGUACUCAGUCUCUCGCACGAAGUCUGCUGCGACAGGCUCCAGCUCACUCGCGACCCCGAACGAUAGGAAAUGGCAUUGAUGGACUGUAAAUGUAAUAAACGUGGUACACUUGCCAGGCCAGCAGUUGGUGAUGUCACUAAAAGACAGUGUGUUUAGUAGAUUUACACACCCCUGUUCAAAUGCCAGGUUUUGUGAUGCAAAUAAAUGAGACCAAGAUAAAUCAUUUCAAAACUGUUUCCACCAUUAAUGUGAAUUUGAACAGGGGUUUGUAGACUUUUUAUAUCCACUGUACAUGCUGAACAAUUGCUUCCCCUUUGUGUACUGUAUGUUUUUAGCAGUAUAGUUAAUGUACACUCUGGUGGCGAAGCUUUUCUCAGCACAAACCAGACCGACAACAUUCAAUGCAUGCAAAACGCGGUUCCAGCCAGUCCCGUGUGACAAGUGUAUAGUUUCACCAAACCACUGAUUUCGAUGGUUUGAAACUGCUUGUAACAAUGUGCUUAGAAAUCAGCGUGGCUUUGACAUCGUUUUCGUCUACCCACUCCUCGUCCUCCCUUCGUGAUAGUUUUGUAAGAAGUGUAGCUUAUUUGCUACCACGGAAGCGAUGAUCAGUGAUUUAUAAUACGUUGACACUGGACGCAAAGAGAACCUUCGGCUCCGAGCCUUGGCAGCCGGGGGGGGGCGUAAUAAAAUAGCGUGUACCAAUGUGGACAUGACGGUAAUGUCAGGCUGGAUUUAUAUUUUUUGCCCCCAAUAUUUGGAACAAACAGUGUUACGGACGUAAUGAGUCAACGUUCAGUGAUUUGUGUAACAAAAUACGGACGUUCUGUGACAUUUGGCAGCUCUGCAGAUCUCCAGCAAAUCAUUCUGCAAAAAGCUCUGGACAUAGAGUGACUCCAUGCUUGAAGUUGCUCUGACUAUUGUGUCAACCCCGCACAGAACUAUUUGGGACCAUGGACAUGUUUUUCUUUUUGAAAAUGAGAAUAUAGCCUUAUGAACACAUUUUUGUCCGGCAGUCAAACAAGCAACAAAGAGCUUUGUGGAUAGCGGAGCCGUGUUUAUGACUGACAGCUGGACCCAAACUAUUAACCAAUUUUUAAUAUACAGUAUAUAUAUUAUACAGUAUUUUUAUUUUUUAUUUUUACUCACCUUGAUAACACUUGUUCAUUUAUUCAACGCUGAUAGUAGUUCACUGUGACAUAAAUGAAUAAUGCGGUUGGUUAUAAUGUCACAUCUUAUGUAUUUCACUUAAUAUGCAUGAUUAGAAUAAGCUAUAUCACGUUUUCUUGGCCCUUCUAAGGAUGUCAACAUUUUGUUUUGUUACGUUUUAAACACUGCAUAAUUACAUAGUGAGACACAUUCCAUUCAGAGAUUUAUUAGCCAAUAACGUGUUGAAGUUUUAGAGAGGUUUUGGAUGGAGAUUUCUUUCUAUUGUAAAUAAUAAUGCACUUGAAGAAUCGUCUGUAUAAUAACUUCAUUAAAAUAACAAGGUGAGAUGA